UUAGAUGACGUUCAUUUAUUUCCCAACUACCCUUCGAAGUAAUUACUUGGGCUUAAGUUAAAUCCCAUUACUUAAUGACUAUAAUUUCCAUAUACCUGAAGAAUUUAUCAGCAGAAGUUUUUCGCUAACCUUAAAUACUCAGCGUCUAGUUAAUUAUUACAAAAAUGCCGCAUCUGGAAAUCUCGUGCGAUUGUAAGAGCUACUGCUUGACCAAGGACAUGCAUCUCCCAGGAGAUAUUAAAAUACUUUGCGAGCUGAUGGAAGAUUCUCUUGAAGGAAUUGAAGAAGACGAAGACCAAAUCGAGUUAGAAGAAGAGAAACUGGAGCAAAAUGUCGGCAACGCUUCUGAUAUAUUGGAAUCCAUGAAAAAACACAUGAAAACUAAAGCAUUGUCGCAGUACAUUAUCAGUCUUAUCAUAAAUAAAUAUGAGAGGUGCAGUUACAUUCAUGAAAUUUUGAACUCGAAGAAUACAAACCUUGGCAAAAAAUAUAUGAGAUUGAAGGGAGAAUACUCACACAUCAUCAACGAAGUGUUGACAUCCAGCACAGAGCAAUUGAAAAAAAAGUUUAUCGAAUACUGUUAGAUUUUAUCAGAUUUUUUUUACGUUAUUUAUAUAAAUAUAAAAGUCUAUGCUGUAAAUUGUAAUUAUUCUGAUAGAAGUUUUAAUUUAUUUAUCUACAGCAAACAAUUUAAUAAAUUAUCAGUUUACU